AUGGUCUUCACAGUGACACCAGAGUUUGGGUCCAGUGAAUGCCCAGCUGUGUGGAUUAGUCCGGAGCUCACCUAUGAAAGUAUACAGGUUAGGCCAAAGACUCUGAUUCCAGACAGCCUCCCUAUCUCCCCGUGCAGAGAUCAACCUUCCAAGCAGCCUCCUACCUUCCAGAAGGCAACAGUAGUCAGCAUCAAAAACCCCAGCCCUGCCCUCCCGACUGCCAAUAACACUGUCAGCCACGUACAGACGCCUAACAGCCAGUCACAAACUGUCACCGAGUCUACAGCUAUUUCAUCACCUCUGAGCAGUGCAGGUGUGGCGUACGCCAUUAUUUCCACCUCCCCCAACAAUGCAACUCCUAUCAGCACCAGCGCGACUGUCUCUGUAGUCAACGAUAGCAUUAAAGUGCAACCACUCCUCAUUAGUGCUGACAACAAGGUUAUCAUUAUUCAGCCUCAAGUCCAAACCCAGACAGAAAGUAAAGUGGAGACAAAGAAACCUCCUGAAGAGUCAGCUCAGGGACCCCCUGCUACCAAAAAGAAAAAGGAGGAAAAU